AUGGCUUCCCACGUUAUUCCUACUCAACAACUAUGGAAUUAUGUUCCAAUAGAUAACGGCAUACUAAAUCCCAAAAUUGUGAAAAUACCGGAGCAGCCUCAAUAUAUUCAACAAGUCGUUCGAGAAGGAAUUAUUCUUGUUGGUGGAGGGGCAACACUCCUCCUGCAGGUCGCUAUGCCGGGAAUUGCCAGAGCUGUUGACAAACACAGCGACUUUACGUAUCGACCACUAGAACGGCUGCGUGUGACUUUGACCUAUAUGUAUUGCAUGGCCCACGGAACCAAACACGAAAGAGCACUAGUCAUUCAGAGAGUACAUAGAGCUCAUUCCAGUAUUAAAGGCCCUGACUAUUCUGCGGAAGACACAGACCUGCAGCUAUGGGUUGCAGCGUCUCUAUAUGUUGUCCACAUCAGCUUAUACGAGCAGGUGUGCGGCCCGUUAGAUCCUGUGGUAGCUGAGGCAAUCUACAGAGAAUACUCCAUCUUUUUGGUCUCCCUCCUAGAUCUGCGUUCCAUGUGGCCAGAGAACCGUCAGGCCUUCUGGGUGUACUGGAACGACAAAAUACAAGCUGCCCAAAUUGGUGCUGAUGCAAAGAAUGUGGCGAGGUCACUGCUUUUUGAAUGUCAACUCCCUUUUCCGAUUAGCAUAUUGCUUCCUCUGCUACGUCUUGUGACUGCUGAAAUGCUCCCAGAUGCACUGCGCCGCGCAUAUGGGCUUAAGACAGGCACAAUCCAGAAGGUUGUAUACUGGCUUCUAAUGAUUUUCGUGAAUUUCAUCUACCCUCUUCUGCCUAUGUGCAUUCGCACCUAUCCCAUGCAGUAUUAUAUGAAGGAUAAGAUGCGCCGAUAA